AUGGCAGAAGCUACACUCGUCCAGCAGCUCCAGAAGCUCGAGCCCAAGCUCAAGGAUGGGCACCAAAACAUUGCUGAGAUGAAGCAGGCGACGACGACGCUUGCGCGCCUCGCCACAGCGCUGCACCAGAAGUCGGCGCUGCGGAGGGAGCUGGGAGCCGGCGCCCUACCAGGGUUGCUGGCAGAGCUGCUCGGCGCUCAGCCAGCGACGGAGAACGUGACAGACGGCGAGGCUUUCUUCGAGCUCGUGGGGCAGAGCGUGUUCGCAGCGGACGGGCUGGUCGAGGGCGACAAUGAGGUCAACGCCAAGAAGCUGUUCGACGUCAUGUUCCCGCACAACGCCAUGGUCUUCCUCCUCAAUGCAGACGCACUGCCCAAGGAACUAUGGAGGCAAUACCUCGUUGGACCAUGGGCGCCUAUUACGGUUCCCCGCGACCAGCUGUGUAUUCCCAAGGUGGUCGAAACGCUUCCGAAGCUCGCGUACCGCGCAUACACUCCCGGCGAGUGGGACAAGACUGAUGCCGACAUGGCGCGCGGGACUCUCGCCGAGUACCUUCUGCAGACGGUUGUCAACGUUACUGGCAAGCCGAGCUUCAACCUUGGGCUCGACGUUUUGAAGACUGUCCUGCCGUCGUUUGUGCUCUGGGCGGGAUCGAACAAGUCUACCCCUCCUGCUGGUCUCGACAGCUUCACGGAGAAGGAGGCGCAUAUGGCCUUGGGCCGCGACUUGAAUAUGCUCUAUCACUCCGCGAGCAUCCUCCACAACUUCACAAAGGCUGGGCGCGUAGACCCCGCUAUCCUCAAGGACGAAGACACUAUCACCGCGCUCGUCAGGUUCCUCGAGGACCCCGCGGUCCCGAGCUGGGUGGACCAGAGCAAGUUGACGGCCGAGACCAAGGAGGGUAUCGCGAGUAUACUCUCCACGACGCGCGACAUGGUCACCAACUUCCUGAUGGUGCUCAUGUCAAACCCGUCGACUGACGUGCCGGCACAGCUGUGGAACAAGGUCACGGUGUGGCUUGACGACCCGCGGAUGCUCGAUGUGGGUCUUGCGGCGCUGGCGAACGGAGCACGCGACGACACCAAGUCAAACGCACUCCUCGCUCCUCCCAGCGAUCUGCCGAAGCGUCUCGUUAGCCUCCUCACCUCCUCCCCAACGCCACCAGUGCAGCACUCGCUGGUCGGCCUUAUCCGCAACCUCACCGUCAACCCCGCGAACCGACACCUACUGGGCGCGCCGGUGGUCGACGGCAUUAUGGCCCUCGAUCCUUUCCAACCCGCGCGCGACCGCCUCGACCGCCUGCAGCGAGAUGCAAUCAUUGCGCUCAGCAAUCUUUCCACUGACGCCGUCCUCGCUGAGCGGAUCAUGUCCUCCGAGUCCACAAUCUCCUCCCUCAUCGCGCUCAUCCAGCGCACGCCACUGGGUGGAGUCAAGGGUCUCGGUGCGAGCUGUCUCGCGCAGGUAAUCUCUCACCUUCCCUCCACCGGCGCAGAGAAGGCGUGGGCCAACGCCACCUCCACACAGGUCCUCAUGGCGUUGGGCCAGCUCGUCGUCGCCGCUGGCGACCCGCUCGUCCUUGAGCCUGGAAUCUCGGCACUGCUGCACAUCGCCCAGCAUGGACCAGAGGACGCGAAGCGCGUUGCGACCGCCCUCAGGAUGAACUUUGGUGGUAAGGCCGUGGCCCGUGUCGUGUCUGGCAUCCUGGCACCACCACCAAUUGACCCACCACCUACCUCGUCCGUGAUUGAGGCGCGUACCCUCGACCUCGUCAAGGCGGUUGGAAACGAUGGGAUCACACAGGCCGUCAAGAGUGCCGUGGCCGAUAACCAGAAGGCAGGGAGGAAGGUUGCGCCGGGAGUCGAGACGCUGUGA